AUGGCAUACCGGCAGCAGUACAACCAGCCGCCGCCGCCGGGCGGAGGAUAUGGCCAGCCCCAGCAGCCUCCAUAUGCGCAAAAUCCUCCGCAACAAUACGGCCAGUACCCUCCGCCGCAGUCGCCUCCGUACUAUGGCCAGCCUCCUUAUCAACAGCUGCCACCUGGUCAGGAUCCGCUGGCGGCUGCCAUGUCCAACAUGAACAUCUCGGGUGGUGGCGCACCGCCUCCCACAAGCCAGCCUCCGUACGGCCAGCACACCUCGCCUCCACCCCAGCAGCCAGGCUACCAGUCGUAUGCUCCUCCGCCGGUCCAGCAGCCGCCGCCCCAACAGUAUGGCGGUGCAUACUCUUCUCCGCCCCCGCCUCCUGCGCCGGCUGCCUACAGCCCAGUCCCGCCUCCCGGCCAACAGCAGCCAGGCUACCCGCAAUACGGCUCUCCCCAGCCGCCGUCUGCUCAGCCUCCUUACGGGAGCCCGCAGCAGCCUGUUUCUCAGCCUCCCUACGGUGCUCCUCCGGCUGUCACGACGCCUCGGCCCCUCCCUACAACGCAGCGCCUCCGACAACUGCACUUGCACCAGGCCAGCCGCCCAACAUCCGUGGCAGUUCACCGGUACCACCGGCAUACUCGCCUGGUCAGCCCCAGGCGCGGCCUGCCGGUCCUAGUGGCCCACCUGGUGCUCCUCCUGCAGGUGCACCUGUGCCUUACUCUCCGGGUGGCCCUCCUCCACCCGGAGCUGCGCCUGGUGCCCCUGAUGCCCCUGGUCAGCGUGCACCUGGUGCUCCUCCUGGCCCCCCUGGCGCGCCGGGACAGCCGCCAUAUGCAGGCGCAGGUGCUCCUCGCCCUGGUCCCCCAGGGCAAGCGCCGUAUGGUCAACAGCCCCCCUCUGGCCAAGCUGGGCGAGGCGGGCCCCCUCCUCCAGGUGGCCCCGGUGGUCCGGCUCGCGUUCCUGGGCAGCCUCCUGCUCCUUACGGACAGCCGCCGUAUGGUCAACAGCCUCCAUACGGUCAGCAGCCAUAUCCUAGCCAACCCCCCCAUGGAGCUCCCGCCCCUUACGAAGCAGGGCUUCUUCAGCAAGCUCUCGACGGGCCAAAAAGUUGGCCUGGGAGCUGUUGGUGGUAUUGCAGCUGGCAUGUUGGCUGUGGAAGGUGCUCACAAGUUUGAAAAGUGGGAGAAUAAGGAGGAGAAGAAGUUUGCAGGCGAAGUUGCUCAAGCUGCCGGCCUUGGAGGCAGUGGCGGAUACGGCGGUCGUGCCUAUGAAGGAGAGACCUUUGUUGGUGCUGGUGGCCCGGCAGUCGCUGGGGGGUAUCAGCCCUCGGUGGCUGAGUACGUCGAGACGGGCCCUGGCUACUACGGCAGCACGACCUUUGUCAACGACUCGCGUGUUGUUGACAACAACACAGUGGUUGAGAAUACCGUGAUUGACAAUACAACCAUCAUCGACAACUCCACGGUCAUUGACAAUACGACCGUUGUGGAUAACACCACGGUUGUGAACAACACCGAUGUUGAAAACCGGACAGUCGAGAAUAAUACGUUUGUUGAUAACAACUACAGUUACGACAGCACCAGCUACAAUCAGACCGACACGGUGGCAGCGUCGAGUUCGUACGACUACGCGUCCGCUUCCUACGAUCAGUCUUCUUCGUACCAAGAGACUGACACGUACCAGGCCGCGGCUUCGUAUCAGGAGACCGAUUCCUACCAAGCCACGGCAUCGUAUCAGGAGACCGACACUUACCAAGCGGCCGACACGUACCAAGACAUCGAUACCUACCAAGAGACUGAUACCUACCAAGAGACUGAUACCUACCAAGAGACUGACACCUAUCAAGAGACCGACACCUACCAAGAAGCUGAUACCUACCAAGAGACUGACAUCUACCAAGAGACUGACUACUCAGCGGCAUUUGACGACCAGGACAGCGGUAAUUUCUAA